AUGCAGGAUGUCUAUAAAAAUGUAUUAACAUGUAACUACCAAAUAAUUGUUUUAACUGAAACGUGGCUUAAUGAUAAUAUAUUUACAGCUGAAAUUCUGGAUCAUAGAUAUCAGGUAUUUAGGAGGGAUAGACAGUCUAAUACGUUUGAUAAGGGUAAGGAUGGUGGAGGUGUUCUUAUCGCUGUAUCGAAAUCUCUUAGUGCAUUCCGCAAUACUAAUUUAGAAAGCUCAUGUGAGGACCUGUGGGUCACUAUCGACUAUGUCAGCAAGAAUAUGUGCAUGAAAAUUAACUUAUGCGCGAUUUAUUUACCACCCCCUGUUACAAUUGAGGUUAUUUCACACUUUACUAAUAAGUUACAAAAAAACAUUAACAAUUUGGAAAAUGUCUUAUUGGUUGGGGAUUUCAAUCUUAGUCGAAUUGAAUGGAUCCAACAUAUGUCUAUCUCGCACGUUGUACCAAGGAUUUCUGGUGGUGUUGUCUGUUCAACUCUGAUCGAUUUCGCUGCAUAUGCAUCUUUCAAGCAAUAUAAUAAUAUAAAAAAUAAACAACAGAAAAUAUUAGAUCUUGUCUUCUCAAACACCUCAUGCCCUCUGACUGUGACUAACCCAACCGAUAUAUUGAGCAGUGUUGAUUCAUAUCACCCUCCAAUAGAAAUUAAUUUAACAUUUGAAAAGCAAAAACCACUUAAACCUAAAACAAAUACCGUGUUGCAAUUUUAUAAGGCUGACUAUAACAGUAUUAGGGAAAAAUUGCUAAGUGUGGAUUGGAACGAAAAACUAGAUCUUUCGCUCACAGUUGAUGAGAUUACACAAAUUUUUUACAGUGUCAUAAAUAAUAUAAUACAAGAAGAAAUACCAAAAAAGAGACCCACUAAGAACAAUUAUCCUGUGUGGUACACUAUCAGCCUUAUAAAAAUACUAAAAGAAAAAGAAAAGCAUAGAAUAGCAAUGAAGAAAUUUAAUAAUAAGUUAGAUGAAUUUGAAUAUAACUUGCUAAAAAAGAGAUGUAGAAUUUUGAUAAAUAAAUCAUACUCUGAAUAUAUUAAAAACGUACAAAUUAAUGUGGUUAAGGAUCCCAAACGUUUUUGGUCUUACAUAAAAGCUAAGCGUAAAAACGAUAGUAACAUUCCUAGCUGCAUGAAGUUCAGAGUUGAAAUAGUUUCAGAUGGUGAAGGGAUAGCCAAUCUUUUUUGUAGACAUUUUUCAUCUGUGUAUACUGUCCCACAAGCUACUAGUCACUGUCACGCUGGGCAUGUGGUUUCAGCGUUUGAUUCUAGAUGUUUGACAAGUAUACAUAUUACAAAGUCUGAAAUUGAGACUCAGCUGAAAAAAUUAAACAUAGCCAAAGGUUACGGAAAUGAUUGUAUACCACCAAUUUUCUUUUUAAAAAACGCAGAACCACUUGCUAUACCCCUUCAAAUUAUAUUUAAUAAAUCUUUAAACGAUGUACUAACAAAAGUAUUUGAGAAAAUCAUCUGCAUACACAUUACUUGGCACACGAAACAAAUGUUAGGCGAACAACAACAUGGCUUUGUAGCCAAGCGAUCAGUGGCUACUAACUUGGUAUCUUUUGUUGAACAGCUGUUGUCACAUAUGGGUUCCGGGGAGGAAGUAGAUGCUAUUUAUGGGGAUUUAAGUGAGGCGUUUGAUAAAGUGGACCAUAAUUUACUUCUUUGA